AUUUCCACAAUGUUGGUCUGACUGCGCGUGCUUGAAAACCAUCCAACAAUUCCUCAAAAACUGCCGAAAAACCCCAAUUACCGGAAAAACUUGCUUAAGCGAACUAAUUAAAACCGAAAAUUAAUUAAACUCAUCUGCAUAUAGCUGCAAUUGGCAUCACUGCCUGUCGCGCCGCAGGCCACUGACACUGCCUGAUCAGCUGAUCUUAUUUACAUUUCCUUUACCACUGUAAUUGUUUUUCAUUUCGUUUCGUUUAGUUCAUCAGUUCAAGUAUGUUCUCACAAUGUUCACGGGGUUAAAAGACAAAUUGCGAACAGUGAAAAACACUGUGGGGUUCUUUGUUCUGGAUGACAGUCCCGUUAAGCUACAGCCCCCUCCAGUGAACACGCAAGCAGGGGCUGGUAUUCUGCAGCAUUUCCAGGACCAGUGGCAGGAUAUUCAUGAACUGAACGAGCAGAACGCCAGCAAUGCUCAGAAAGUGGCUGUGGAAAUUCAGCAGGUGGCCAAGCGGAUGGCCAGCAGCCAGACUAAUAUAGAUCUAGUCACCCAUCUGCUAACCACCUCAAAGCUCACCUCCAACAUUGAGCAGUGCCUGACCCAAGUGGACCAGCUCUACAAAACGUGUGAGGUGGUCGAGCAAAAGUUGCUGGACUUUGAGGUUCUGCUGGAGGACAUUGAGUUUGAGGGCAUGAUCAAGAGACACAAGGCACUGUUGGAGAGCUACAAGAUUCGAAAACAAGAUAACCUAAACAAGCUGAACGAGUCCUUGGAUAAGCACUACGUCCAACAGGUGGCUAAGUUUGAAAAUAGUAAAAAGCACGUGCUGGAGGAGAGGCAGAAAGUGUUCCAAGAUGCCUUCAAAGGGGACUUGGAGGUGUAUAAAAGCCUUGGAACAAUACCCAAGGUAGAUUUGCCAAAGACGCAAAGCGGCGCUAUUUUAGAGGAGAUCCAGCUGGAUUUCGACCCCAAUGAGCUAGAGGAGUUUUUCAACAACACCUCCGCCAGCCUACCAGGGUGAUUUGGUGCAAUAUUUUUAUCAAAGGUGGUUCAAUUUUGGCAUCAUUCCUCUGGAAGAACUGUCUGAGGACAUUAGGGGGUACGAAGAUAAUAGUUCUCACGAGAAACUGAGUUAUUCGCAAAAACCUGAAUCAGAAAACUGGCAACAGUGCAUUGAUACUUUAUAGUAAAUGGCAUUUUUGUGCUUAAUACUGCUGUUAAUGUUCAAUUGUGGACAUUUUCACUUUCUCUCCUUUCAUGUUUUUGUAAGAGAACAAGUUGAUAACUAAUCAGAAAUAGUCUGCAACCUUUUUAUCACCAAAUAUCUAAAUAAUAAAAAAAAAAUUUUGUAAUAGUCAGUGUUCCAAAUGAAAACAUUGGCGAAGUUUUGAGCCAGUUUUACAAGGUUUUUGCUUGAUAACAAAAUUGAAAAUAAGCUCAAUUAAAAAAAAACUGCGAAACCCCUUAAAUGGAAAGAGGCCAACUUUGAAUCAUACUGUACAUAUGCAUAUUUUUAUACUCUAUUAUUAUAUUAGUUUUAUGGUGUAGUUCUGGUUGCACUGUUUGUUUGAAUAAAUGUAUAUUUGUUAUGAAUCG